UAUAUUUUCUUUUCUUCCACCACCAAUUCACACACCAAAAAGAACGGAUAUUCGAAAUAUACUCUUCAACAUACGCCCUUUUACCCUCUUUCAAUGUACGCUACUUCUGCCUUAGCCCUAACCCUGAAUCCUCCAAGUCCGGACACCGGAAAGACAAUCUUAGCAUCGUCUAGAGUCCAUUUUUCUCCUGGAUCUCGCCGGAGAAUCAAUGUUAAGGCUUCGGUUUCAACGUUCGCCGAUCCAAUACCGGUCAGUUCGGGCAAGACAAUGAGUCUGUACGAGAUUCUCAAAGUCAAGCAAACGGCGUCGCAAAUGGAGAUCAAGACGGCGUAUAGGAAUCUAGCAAAGGUCUACCAUCCAGACGCGAUCCAUGAAGAAGUACAAUCGGACGGUAGGGAUUUUAUUGAGAUCCAUAAUGCUUAUGAGACACUGUCGGAUCCGGCCGCGAGAGCGAUGUACGAUUUGUCUCUUGAAGCGGCUAGCAAUUAUUGCCAGAGAAGAAGAACAGGGUUCGGGUUUACGGACGGGUAUUAUCCGACCCGGAGAUGGGAGACGGAUCAGUGCUGGUAAGAAGCAUUUUGGGCUGGCAAGGUUCAAUGAAUCUAAUUGAAGAUCAGUUUCCUUUUUUUAUUCUUUUUAAUUGUUUCUUCUUUUUUUUUGUAUUUUAUUAGGGAUUUAGUCUUAGCUGUAACAAUGUAUAGAAAUAUUUUUGGUGUAGAGAUUCUACACUUUAUUUUUCCCCCUCUAUGAGGAGAUGAAAAGAACAAAAGAAAAAACAUAUUGUGUCCAAAUGCAUAAAUUUACCCCUAAACUAUUACUAAUUCUCCAAA